GAUUUAUUGAGUGACUUUAUAACUUGACUAAUCUGCUUAUUCUUAACUAGCUGAUUUGGUCUUGUUUAACCUAUUUCUUGACUGGUUUACUGACUGAUGUAUAUAUUGACUAACAAUCAAGUUUUAGUAACUAGUUGUUAAUGGCUGGUUCAUUGAGUCACCUGUUGACCUCCUACUCAUUCUGCACUAGUUGACUGAGUUAACUAUCCACUGAUCUAGUGGGUCCUGAUGAAGAGGUUAAUCUACAGUUUGCACGCUCAGUAGUGUCAUGUGUGUUUACUAACUGGUUCUGACAGUGUUAUCAUGUGUUAAGUAUACAGACAGAUGUAUUGACAAAUUUACUGACUGUUUUUGUUGUCUGUGUUUCAGGUGCAGAAAUGUCUCUGCUGUCUGUCCUGCUGCCUCUGACAGGCCUUUUCUUCUUGAUCUCGUCAUCGUUUGGCUCAGAGUCCAGCGUACCCUACCCGAUCACCUGUGUGACCCGUGGAGCCGACCUGAUGGAUGACGCUGUGGUGGUGUUAUGUCCUCCAGACUGCACCCAGUGGAGGGUGUCAGUGUUCGGGACGGGAAUCUACGCCUCCGUCUCCUCCGUCUGUGGAGCUGCUGUGCACAGGGGGGUCCUGGGUCCGUCCGGAGGCCCCGUCAGGGUCCACAGACUGCAGGGACGACACAGCUACAUGAGCUCCUACGCUCAUGGGAUCCAAUCACAGGCCCUGUCCCAGUGGACCGCCUCCUUCAGCCUCACCAAGCCUGUUAAUGUUCCAUUAGAGCUGACCAGUGACACCAGCACCACAGCUCUACCUGCAGCUGCACAACCAGGAAAGAAACCACUGAAGAAGCCCUCAGUGAAGAAAGCUCUGCAUGGCGGAAAUAAAGACUGUCAGAUGGACAUCGCCAUGGUGAUGGACAGCAGCAACAACAUCGGGCAGCGACGGUUCAACCUGCAGAAGAACUUUGUCACCAAACUGGCCGCCAUGUUGAGAGUCGGACCAACAGGACCACAUGUAGGCCUGAUACAGGCCAGUGAUUCUCCCAGGACUGAGUUCCUACUGACCAACUACACUCAGCCUAAAGAGCUGUUGUUUGCCAUCAAGGAGCUGGCUUACCUGGGAGGAGACAGCAACAUAGGUAAAGCCAUCAUGCACACAGCGGAGACCUUCUUCAUCCAGGAGAACGGGGGAAGACGGGGCCACCCUCGGGUGAUGAUGGUGCUGAUUGACGGGUGGCCGUCCGAUGACCUGGAGCAGGCGGCUAAGUUCGCCCGAGAUUCCGGCGUCAACGUCUUCCUGGUGUCUGUGGCCAAGCCGGCGCCCGAAGAGCUCGCCAUGGUGCCUGACAAGGACUUUGUCAAGAAGGCGGUGUGUAAAGACAACGGUUUCUUCAGUUACUCCAUCCCCAGCUGGUUCAGCACCACCAAACACGUCAAACCUCUCACUCAGAGACUUUGCUCGCUGGACGGCCUCCUCUGCAGUAAAACCUGCUACAACUCGGUGAACAUCGGUUUCCUCAUUGACGGUUCGUCCAGUGUUGGUGAGGGGAACUUCCAACUGGUCCUGGACUUCCUGGCAGGAAUUGCUGGCAGCUUCGAUAUCUCAGAUGUUGGAGCUCACAUUGGUGCGGUGCAGUUCACCUACGAUCAGAGGCUGGAGUUCGGCCUGUCUGACCACUCCAACAAAGAGGACGCCACCAACGCUCUGAAGAGGAUCCCCUACAUGAGCGGAGGAACGGCAACUGGAGCAGCCAUCAGCUACACCACCCAGAGACUGUUCAGGCGGACAGGACCAGGUCGCAACUUUCUCAUCGUGGUGACAGAUGGUCAAUCGUAUGACGACGUGAGAAGCCCGGCGCUGAUUGCACACAAACAAGAAAUCACCAUCUACUCCGUGGGCGUUGCCUGGGCCCCCGUGGAUGACCUCAGAGCGAUGUCAUCAGAGCCAAAGGACAGCCACACCUUCUUCACCAGAGAGUUCAACGGCCUCGCUGACUUCAUCCCUCCGCUGGUCCAAGGCAUCUGCCGAGACUUUGCUGAGAAAAACUAAGAUCACACACACACACACACACACACACACACACACACACACACACACACACACACACACACACGUUUGUACUUCUGCACUUGUGAUGACAACUUCAACCGAACCCUUAAAUAGUCUGAUAAAAUGUCCUCACAAAGAUAGAAGUUCGCAUUUGUACUUCUAUAUUUGAGGUGCCUCAAGUCUUAAUGUUCUAAUAGACUCACUUUUAGUACAUAUUUGUAUUCCUGUUAUUUUGAGGACCUUUACUAACAUAUUAUCCGGCCUGUAAACCUAAAACUGUGACUGUUUAAGAGGUGCUCUGCAGGUACAGGAACAGGUCCUCACAAACAUAGCAGCACAUACAGGUACUUGAGUACUUGUAAGGUCCUUCACUGACAUACAUCACCUGGCACCUAAACCUAAAACCCAAAUCUUAAAGCUUUGAAAGGUGAGAACCAAACAAAUGUCCCCAUUAUCCAAAAUGUCCUUGCUUUGCAGAACAAAAUCAAGUCCCCACAAAGACAGAAGUACAAGAGCACACACACACAUUGUAUAUAUACCAUACACAUAUACCCACAAAACACACAGCAUAGAAAGAUACUCAUACACCAAAAACAUUUUUCUAUUUAAUUAAGGAGACGUUGGAAAAUCAUCAAAUGUGAUAAUCAUCAUCAACAACAGUAGAAACCACAUUCAUUCACUCUUCACUCGACAGGGUUCGGGUCAAAUUACUCUGAAGUGCAGCUCAAGAAUUAGUAAAACUAUAAAAACAAAACAUAGAACGUAAAACCUGUGAGAAAAUCCUUAAUAUCAUGAAAUUAAUCUCCAAAUUAAUCUCAUCAAUUCUGAGCAACCUGAAGUUGAAUCUUACUUUUUAAACAGAUCCUAACUAUGGAAUGAAACUCUGCUGAAUCCUUUAAUGAACUGCAGAUUAAAGGGAAACAAAAUCACAAAUAAAGAUCUUCCAAUUACAAAAUGAAUCAACUGUAACUGUAAAAUAAUUUAUUCAUAAUUAUAAGGUACUUUAUUAAACUGCAAUUAUGAGAAAACUAACCCAUAAUUACACAAAUUUGUUAUAAGAUCCAUAACUCAUAAUUAUAACAAAAUAAUCUCAUAAUGAAGUUUUCUGGAUCUUGUGAUUACAAAAUAAAAAUAAUGUUUACACUUAUUUUGUAAUAUCUUCUAUGUUAUUAUUACAAGAUCUGUAUCUCAUAAUUCUGAUAUAAAGAUUUUAUAAUUAUGAAAAUAGUUUUCUAGUUACUGUGACAUCUGUAUGUCACAAUUAAGAGAAAUAUUUCAUGAUUAUGAAAUCUACAUAUUAUUGUAGGUAAAUACUUUUACCUACAGGAAAUCUUUUUCAUGAUUAUGACAUCUUUAUAUCAUAAUUACAGUAAUGAGAUCCUCAACUUUUACAUUAUAAUUAUUAGAUAUGUACAUAAUUUAAAGACAAAUUUUAAUUAGUUUGUUUAAUCCAAGAUUGUGUAUUGCUUUCUAAUGAUCCACGUAGGAGAUCAUGUUUUUACAUCAACACACUAUAUGAGUGAACAGUGAAUGAAUGAGUGAUUUGGGAUUCACAGGAUGUUGGAUGAUCCUCCAGAUGUUCCACAUGUUUAUUUAACAGGGUUUCGUCUGUUCGUUGAACGUUUUGGGAAAUCAUCUUGUGUGUGUGUUUAUCUGUCCUCCUUAUUAAAGCUCUGGACAAGACACAAAUGCUUUUCUUAAAAUGUUUAACUGAUCCUUUAGUUUCUUUAAUUUCUUUUUGUAAACAGUCUCAGAUAAAAUCACUUUUGUUUCAGUCCAUAUCAGUUUGUUUCCUGAAUCUGUCUUUAGACAAAAAGAAAUCCUCAACCUUAAACUAGAGCAUGGAGGUUUAUUCUUGACCUUGGGAACAUUUCUCUGUAAUAAAACUUAAGGUUCACUUACUAGCUUUUUUCAGAGCUUUCAAGUUUCUUCAGCAAAUGGAACUUGCUCAGGUGUUGUCACGUGACCUAAGUAAGGCACAUUGGUCAUGUGAUAACAGGUGUUCGUUUCUGUGAGAUACUACAUUCGAGAAGUGAAUCUAGUAAGUAAAACUUAAGUUGAGUCUAUGUUAUAACAGAAAAAUUAAUUUAAAUUAACUUAAAAUCAAUCAGUUAUUAACAUGACAAAAUUAAACUGUCACUGUCAAUUCUCAAGUCAAGUUUCUAUUUGUAACAUUUAAUUUUUUCAUAUUUUAAUCAUAAAAAACUGGAUCAAAAGACUUGACAGAAAUAUCUUUCCCUCUUUGGUCCAAGAUUUAAGCUCCAUCCUUUUUUGUUGUUGUUGUAAUUGAUGUACAUUUGCCAAACAUGUAGAUUUUUCUGUAUUUUUCUUAAACUGUAAUCUAUAAUCUUUUUUUUUUAUGAGGACAGGGCCACAGCAUGGCGCCGGCAGAAAACCAGACUUUGUUAAAAUACGCAAUUAAAUCUUCACAGUUUGUUCAUUUUAAACUUUUUCUGCUGUGUUUGUUUUACAAGCAGAAUCAGAGGAAACCAGUUUCACAGUUUCAUUCCUUUGUGUUUCUAUGUGGUAAAAACAAACUCGGAAUCAACCUUUUUUCUCUUGUUUAGACUUGAAUAAAUAAUUGAAUGAAAUGUGCCAAAUCUGUCCAUCACAAUGUUAAAUAUAUUUUAUUUUAUGUCAGAACAAAUUAAGACAAAAGAACUUUACAAUAUUUUUGGAUUUCUACAGAACUCUGUAUUUGUCAUGGAGGAAAAAACAAAUUGAUAAAUCUCUGUGCAAAAUCAAACUGCACCAAAUCCAAGCUGCUCAUUUAAUAACUUAAAAUAUAAAAUAUAGAUUUAGAUUGGAUAAGUUCUGACAAAGACAUGUCAACUAUUGUUUAACUAUUGUUUAUCGCUAUGUUCUGUUAAUUUAACUGCCCAAUUUAUUAAUAAAUGCAGAUGAUUAAGUCUUUUCCUCAUGACACAUGCCAGAUUCCAUUGAUUUCAUACUCAAAUAAAAUGUUUGUAAUUGUGGAAAAGAGCGUAAAUGACCAUCUUUUAAGAGUUUAAAGUCUCUGCCAGUACAUUUUCAUAUUUUCUGAAUGGGAAAUGAGCAACGUGAAUGGAAAGAAUACAGGAUGUGCUGUUUGCAGGAGGAGGUGUCAGCCUGUAAGAACACAUAUAUAAAAAUGUAAAAAAAAAUAAAUUUGUCUCUGUGUAAAUGAAACCUCUGAUGGGAUUCGGGUGGUAAAAGACAAUUCUGUCCUUUUUCUGUAUUUAUUACCUGUUUUUUUCUUGUGUUUCUCCAAUAAAGAAUAGUUAUUUUUA